AUGCCGGCCACACAAAGCGCCGAAACCACCCACAUCAACGCGCUGCCUGACCAGCUGCUGGGCCAGAUCUUUGCGGCGGUAGGGCGCCCGUGGCCUGACGGGCAGACGAUUGCGCUGGUGUGCCGCCGCUGGCGCCACGCCUACUUCUCCGAGCGGGCAGUGUGGGGCAGGCUGAGCAUGGAUGCCGAUGAGCUCGGGCGGCUGUCCGCGCCCCAGCGCCAGCGCUGGAGCCGCCUGCUGAGCCUGCUGGCUCCCAGCAACUUCAAGGCCACCGAUGUGCUGGGCUGGCUGCCGCCGGAGCAGAUCAGCGAGGCGACGCUCGAGCUGCAGCCAGGGCCCACCUACGCCGCCGUGGCCGCGCUGCCGCGCUUCCCGCACCUCACCUCCCUCAUCCUGCUCACCACCUCCUUCUCCGCCAUGCUGGCAGCCAAGCUGGCGGCGCUGACCGGCCUGCGCCUGCUGCACGUCAUCAGCGACUACCUGCCGCUCGAGGCGGCGCCCGCCCUGCUGUGCCUGCGCGAGCUCGAAGAGCUGAAGCUCAGCACCUGGGAGCGCCCGCUGCCGCUGGGCUUGCCCCAGCUCACCGCCCUGCGCCGCCUGCGCCGCCUGGAGCUGGAAGACAACACCGGCGGGGUGCCUGCCCCGCCCGCGGGCACGCAAGCCGCGGGCGGCGCCGCCGUUGGCUACGGCCCUCUGCGGCAGCCGCCGCUGCCGCCCGACUGCCCCUGCCUCGAGUCUGUGACAAUCACCACACCAGGCAACCCCUGCGAGGUGGCAGGCGCAUGGCUGGGCUUCCUGCAUUUCCAGCUCCUGCCGCAGGCGGGCGGCGGCGCCCGGCUGGCAGGCGUCAGCCUGGACGGCGGCCACUGCCACGGCAGCCUGGCCUCCCUGCCCCACCUGCUGGCCGCGGUGGUACCUGACGGUACCCCGCUGUGCUGCCUGAGGCUGGGCCACUUCCGGCUGGAUCCCGCAGGCCUGCGCGGCUGCAGCCAGCUGGCCCCCCUCACCAGCCUGACCGUCGAGGGGUGCGGCUGCGGCGGUGCCGGCGCCGGCGCCAUCCUCGGCGUCGGCAUCGACCUGGCGGGGCCGGCAGGCCUGGCGGCCUUGUUCCAGCAGUGGGUGGGCAGCCUGGCGCUGCAGUACGGCAGCAGCAGCGACCGGGAGAGGCUGGCGGCGGGCAUGGGGGAUGCGCUGGCGGCGAUGCUGGAGCAGGCGCCGCAGCUGGAGGAGCUCGACCUGACUGGCAGCCUGGGCGGCGUGCUGCCGGGGUGCGUGCUGGGCGCCACCGGCCUGCGCCGCCUGGCGCUGUGCAGCAACCAGCUGUCGCAGCUGCCGGCAGGGCCGGUCCUGUCAGGCCUGACUGAGCUGGACCUCACGGGAAACACCCUGACACGCCUGCCCCCAGCGCUGACCGCCGCCACAGCGCUGCGCCGCCUGCUGCUGGCGCGCAAUACGAAGCUGGCGGUGACGAGCGCUGACGUGGAGCACACUCUCCAGCGCCUGCCCAGCCUGCAGUUUCUCGAUGUGAUGGCUCCCUCUGGGAUAAGCAGGCAGCCCAUCGAGAUGGUGGUAGCGGAAGGCGCCCAAACAACGCACAUAGACGCGCUGCCAGACCAGCUGCUGGGCCAAAUCUUUGCUGUAAUUGGGCGCGGCCACUUCGGGCAGACGAUUGCGCUGGUGUGCCGCCGCUGGCGCCACGCCUACUUCUGCGCGCAGGGCGUGUGGGGCAGGCUGUGCCUGGACACAAUUGAACCCAUCAUGCUGCAGCCAGGCGACCGAUUGCGCUGGUGCGCCGCCAAGCUGCGCCUGUUGGCCCGCGUGCGCGGUGCGGUGACGGCCGUGGCCAUCUGCGACCGCCGCGGGGUGCUGGCCCGCCUGGACCCCGCCAGCGGGUUGGAUGCCGUGCACAUGCUGGGGUGCCUGCUGCCAGAGCUGGUGACGGAAGUGGAGCUGGAGGUCCACCCUGCGCCCACCACCGCCACCAUCGCCGCGCUGACGCGCUUCACCCGCCUCGCCUGCCUCGCGCUGGACGCCCCCGGGCUGCCGUUGGAGGCGGCGCCGGGGCAGGCGCUGGCAGCUGCGCUGGCCGCUGCGCCCGGCCUGCGCUCCCUGCGCCUGUCGGUGCAGCGGCUGCCGCGGGAGGCGGCGCCCGCGGCGCUGCUGCGCCUACAUGAGCUGGAGCGGCUGGAGCUCUGGUCCCACGCCGCGCCGCUGCCGCCGGGCCUGGACCAGCUGGCGGCCCUGCGCCGCCUGCGCCACCUGCGCCUCGUCGACGACAGCCAGCGGCAGCCCUCGCUGCCCGGCGCCCCGCAGCAGGGCCCCGGAGCAGGCGCGCAGCAUGGCGCGCCGGGCGCCGCCGCCGCCUCGGGGCACGCCCCGCUGCGGCCGCCGCUGCCGCGCGACUGCCCCUGCCUGGAAUCCCUCAGCAUCUGCACCAGAGACAACCUGUGUGAGCUGGCUGGCUGCCGGCUGGACCCCACAGGCCUGCACGGCUGCAGCCAGCUGGCGCAACUCAGCGCCCUCACCCUCCAGCGCUGCACCGGCGGCGGCAGGGGGGAGGUGGCGGGAGCGCUGGAGGCUCUGCUGGGCCUGGCUCCACGGCUGGCAGACCUGAGCGUCAGCGACAGCCUGGCGGGCGCCGUGCCGGGCUGCCUGCUGCGCGCCACGAGCCUGCGGCGCCUGGACCUGUGCAGCAACCAGCUGUCGGAGCUGCCGGCAGGGCCGGUCUUGUCAGGCCUGCGCGGCUGCAGCCAGCUGGCCCCCCUCACCAGCCUGACCGUCGAGGGGUGCGGCUGCGGCGGUGCCGGCGCCGGCGCCAUCCUCGGCGUCGGCAUCGACCUGGCGGGGCCGGCAGGCCUGGCGGCCUUGUUCCAGCAGUGGGUGGGCAGCCUGGCGCUGCAGUACGGCAGCAGCAGCGACCGGGAGAGGCUGGCGGCGGGCAUGGGGGAUGCGCUGGCGGCGAUGCUGGAGCAGGCGCCGCAGCUGGAGGAGCUCGACCUGACUGGCAGCCUGGGCGGCGUGCUGCCGGGGUGCGUGCUGGGCGCCACCGGCCUGCGCCGCCUGGCGCUGUGCAGCAACCAGCUGUCGCAGCUGCCGGCAGGGCCGGUCCUGUCAGGCCUGACUGAGCUGGACCUCACGGGAAACACCCUGACACGCCUGCCCCCAGCGCUGACCGCCGCCACAGCGCUGCGCCGCCUGCUGCUGGCGCGCAAUACGAAGCUGGCGGUGACGAGCGCUGACGUGGAGCACACUCUCCAGCGCCUGCCCAGCCUGCAGUUUCUCGAUGUGAUGUGGACGCAGACGGCGCCAGACGUGCUGCAGCGGCUGCGCAGCAGCCUUCCGCAGCUGGAAACGAAACCAAAGCCGCCGCCACCCACACCUUAG